CCUUUUUCAGUUUUCAAUUCUCACUCCCAUCAUCAGUCCCCUCCACACUUACACCAACUUAGCAAAACACCAAUCCCUCAUAAUGUUCAGUCCCACAGACACACAGCAGCAGCAGCAGCAACCCAACAACCCACUCAAACAACUCUUUGCCACCAUUUUCUCAUACGACGGCAAUGUCUUGCUUGCUGCCUUGGUCUCUCUUCUUCUCGUCAUUCUCUUUGUCCUCCUCCUCCAUGUCUACGCAAAAUGGUUCUUGGCCCAAGCUCACCACAGGCGCCGCCGCAGCUCCAUGACCGUCUCCCGGGUUCUCGGCCCUAACCGAUUCCAGCAUUUCCACACCUUCACCUUGGACCCAACGUCAACAAACAUCAACAGCCUCUCGGGCUCUGCGUCGUCGAAAGGCCUCGACUUGAAAACUAUCUCUGCAAUUCCUCUGUUCGUGUACAAAACAGAGGAGGAGAAGGAGGAGGAGCGAAAUUACGAAAAUGGGUUUUUGGAGAUGGAGUGUGUGAUUUGUUUGAGCCCGUUUGAGGACAACGACGUGGGGAGGAAUUUGCCCAAAUGUGGUCACUGUUUUCAUGUCGAGUGCAUCGAUAUGUGGCUGGGUUCACACAUGAACUGCCCAAUUUGCAGAGCUUUGAUAGUGACCAGCGCUGAUGGGAUUGGGAUGGGGAUUGAUACGACGUCGGAUCAGGCGGUGGGUGAAGAAGAAUCGAUUGUAAUUGAUGUUUUGGAUUCUGGGUAUGUUGAAAAUGAUGAUCUUGUUCGUGUUGGGGUGAUGAGAACUGAUUCUGAACCCACAUCUUCAUCUUCUUCUUCAUCCUCGUCCUCAUCUCCAUUAACGGUGGGUUGUUCAUUGAAGAGAAUGCUGAGCAGAAACAGGCCAGAAAUCAGCAAGGUUUUCCCAACCACAAAUGGGAAUGAUCACAGCAAUCAAAUGGAUGAUUGAUUGAAAUCAGAGAGAGACUUGGGGUUUGUUUGUAAACCAAAUUUGUACAGAUUUCUUGCAAGCAAGCAAGCCAUACAUGGAAUCUGUUUUUGUGUGUGUUGUUUAUUUUUGGUGCGUCUCAGGGAUGCCUUUUGUUGACGUGAGUUAUUGAGUGACUUGUUCAUACUUCUAUCUUUCCGGUUGUUUAUGAUUUUCUGAUGCGACUUCUGCUCAAAAUUUUGGGUCAGUUUCAGUUUUUGAGAUGAAAAGGCAGGAAGAUAGAUAGUCUCAGAUGUGACAUUUAUAAAUAGUGUAGAGUAUGGUGGGGGGUUUUUAACAAGUAUGCCAGUCUGCAGUUUUGUUACAC